AGGUGAGUCUUGGGUAAGGGUUGGAAGGCCCGUCCCUUAGAGACACGUGUCAAUGCGAGAGAGAAACAAAAAUGGGAGAGGAGAGAGGCCAUGUUUCGUUUCUGGGUUUGGUUCUGUUCUUCUCUCUCUCGAUCGAAACCUCUCUGUCUCCGAAACGGCGAUUCCUCUCCAUCAACUAAUCCUCUCUCUUUGUUGGUUCAAUUGAAGGGCGAGUUGGUGUCCAUCAUCUGGAUGAUUCUCAACAGAACAAGAACUUCACAUUCAAAUGUCACAGAGAUGGGAAUGAGAUCUAUUCUAUCAAUGCUCUGAACUUCCAUCCGCACUACUAAACUCGAGAGAGCAACGAAUCUUCCUGGAAGUUUCGAGGUUGCUUCUUCAUUGCUUUAUCACUAUAUAAUCAAUCAUCAUUUGCUUUCUCCUAUCUCUCUCUCACACACACAAAGAUCAUUUUCUUUCACUAAACUUCCAAGUGAUCUGUGGAGAUGCGAAACAUUCUUAAUUUGCAUGGGACUAGUGGGCACAAUAAUGUUUUAAAAGCUCAUAGAUUCACAUUCAAGAAUGAUCAUCAACUCACCAUGGUUAUGGAGAACAUGUUCAGAAGAGUUGUCGGAGAGGAGCUUGAUCAUCGUCUUAAUCAACGACCUUAUCUCUUUUCGUCGUGGUCCCAAACCGAACGCUCACGUUCGGAAACGCCGUCGUCGCGUUCACGUCUCAAGCUGCGGUUCAUCAACUCGCCGCGAUCUUCCAUAUUCACGGGAGCCAAGAUCGAAACCGAGGACGGUUCUCCCGUAGCGAUCGAGCUCGUGGACACAGCCACGAACGCUCGAGUCGUUUCGGGACCGCUCUCAUCUUGUCGGGUGGAGAUCGUGCCGCUUAAAGCUCACUUCACGGAGGAAAGCUGGACCGUUGACGAGUUCAAACGCUAUAUUGAGAAGCAGCGUGAAGGCAAACCUCCGUUACUCACCGGAGAUGUAACUGUCACGCUUGAAAACGGAGUCGGAGUGAUAGCCGGAGACGUCGCGUUCUCGGAUAACUCGAGUUGGACUUGGAGUAGGAUGUUCCGGUUAGGUGCUAGGUUAACCGGUGGUGAAGCCGUGGAGGCAAGGAGUGAAGCUUUUAACUGUAAAGACCAACGUGGAGAAUCUUAUAGAAAACAUUACCCUCCGUCUCCCAAUGACGAGGUUUGGAGACUGAAGAACAUAGCUAAAGGUGGCGUUUCGGCAAAGCGUUUGGCUGAGCAGGAGAUUUAUACCGUCAAGGAUUUACUCCGUUGGUAUGCCGUAUGUCCAAAUGAGUUAUACAACAUACUUGGUAGAGAGACAAAGUCAGGAAGGAUCUCAAAGAGAAAAUGGGAAGCAAUUGUAUCCCACGCCAUGCAAUGCGUUUUGGACGAAACAGAGCGUUACAUCUACAACGCAAACGCUCUUGAUGGAUCGCUUAUAUUCAACUCUGUCUAUGAAGUGAUCAAAGUGUCCUUAAGUGAUGGCACGUUUCGAAACCCUGAUGAGGUACCCACCUAUCAGCUGGACAAGUUAAAGAAAGAAGCUUAUAGAGACCUUACCCUCUUAAAGACCUUUGUGGAACAUCCACAAAGAUCCUUGCAAUGCACGCCAAAUCCCGGAUAUGGCAUCGCAUGUCCUGAGUUGCAGCACAACAACUUUCAAGGAACUUCGGAUCCAUCAGGCUCUAUGAGUUCUCUUUACUUCACAGCUGCAAACUCUACCAUCCAACCAGAGAGUUUUGAGAACUCACCAGACAUGACGUUUCAUAUCGACCGGAAUUUAUUACAGAGAAACAGCUUCAGGAUAAGUGAACACGACCACGAUGCACAAACUUUAGCCACGAGAGGGUAUAUCGAGAACGAAGAGGACGAUCAUGAGAAUACUUUUACUUAUCAUCAGGGCAUGUCCUCGAACUUGUCAACUGGUGCGGCGGAUUGGGAGCAACAAAUGUAUAAUAGUUUGUCUGUUAGCGUGUUUGGCACGGAAGAAGCUGGAACGUAUAAUGUUCGUUUUACAAACACUGCGGGGUCUCCACGAGCCAGGUGGUGCAAGAUUAAGGCAGCUUUCAAAAUUCGAGAAGUCUGGAAACAGGCAGCUGCCAGAAACCGAGGGAAGGCUUGCGUAGCGUACUAGAUUCAGUAGUUUCAAUUCUUACGGUGCACGAAAGAUGCAGCAUAUAUAUUGCGUGUGUGUGUUUUUUUUUUCUGGCUAAUGGCUGUUCCAAAUGGCUUUUAUCCCAGCUCAUGUUUGAUAUAUCUUUCAGAUAUAAAAGGCUAUACAUACAUAACGAAUAAGUUUACAUGUUUAUAUUUUGUUAUUUGUUUUUCCAUCAGUUGUAAUGCUUUUAUAGGAAAGGGCUUGUAAAAGUUGUAGCCUUUACAUGCUGUAUUUGAUU